AUGCUCGAAAGGCUGUGUGAAGAGUAUGAAGACUUGGAAGAGAUAAAGAGUAGAAUAGAACAGGAAAACGCGAGUGAGAAGGCAAAACAGAAGGCUAUGCAGAAGAAAGUAGAAUAUGAGAUUGAGAGUAGAGAAUAUGAACACGAAUAUGAAGAUAGCCAGUGCUCAUCUAGUCUAAGGGAAUUUCUGAUGCUUGAAAGACUCUGUGAGGAGUAUGAAGAGGCGAAGCAGAGGAGGAGAGAGAGAAGAGACCAAGAGAAGUUAGAGAGGCAAUUUAGGAGGUUUCGAGGCGACCAGUUGAGCACAAUAGAAGAAGAAGAAGAAGAAGAGGAGGAGGAGGAGGAGGAGGAGGAGGAGGACAGCAGCGUGAGAGAAAUAGGAGGGGAAGGUGAACACCCAGAUGACCUUCAUAGAGAAGAAGGUAAGAAAGUGGAUUACGGAGACGCCGACCACACACAAGGGGAGAAGUUGAUGUCACUGGAAGAGUUCUGUGGGGAGACUUUUGCAAUCUCUCCAACCUUUAUCGAGGAUAUCAUGGAGGAGUGCAAAAUCUCACAGAGUAGGCUUGAACAAGCACUCGAGGAGUUCGAAAAGUCUCUAAGACUUUUUCCUCGUUAUAAUGAGAUGGUAGGUAAGUUGGAGAAAGAGCGAAAAGGGAAUCGGGGGGAUGACACACUUUACAAGCAGAAACGUCUGCGACGGAAAGGCACCUGCAAACCCAAGUGA